CCACUAUGGAGAACAGGAUGGAUGUACCUUAGAAAUCUAUACAUAGAACUACCAUAUGACCCAGCAAUCCCACUCUUGGGCAUACAUCCAGACGAAACUUUCCUUGAAAAAGACACAUGCACCUGCCCUGAGAUUGUCUAGUCAGCCAUGUCCUCUUCAAAUGGGGAGUUUGAUUCUUCUCUCCCAGUUUGUCUGUUUUUCUUGCUUUUGGAAGCAGCUGGGUUUCUUGGGGCUGCUGUGCAGGGGGAGCAGACUUGCUGGGUCAUGCCCACUCCAGGGAAAGGCUGGGGCCAGAGUUGGGACCUGCCAAACUUCCAUCCAAAGGGAACACAGAUGUGGCAUCGUGUCACCUGCAACACAGGGCUGGUCCUUUUCUGCAGUGAUCGUGGUGUGGCUGACUCCCCAGAUGGGAAGAGAUGGUGCCACUGUAUGGGCACUACAGGACCAGAUUACACAGCCGUGGCAGCCAGCAAGUGAGGGGCCUGGACUCAGUCCAGGAGCUGGUGGAGUUCAAGCUAGAGAGAGAUACAGAGACAGAGAGACAGAUGGACAGAGAGAGGCAUGAACAGAAGAUGUGGUGGCAGAGGAGGUCCUCUUUUGUGACUCUGUCCCUUUGCAGUGUGACCUGGGGUGGGACUUAUACUGAGCAGCUAUAACAGAGCUCUGGACACAGAUCGAGUUCCCACUACUCACCCAUCCCAGCUGGGUCUCAGCACUCCUGAGGCAUCAGGUUUAGGACGCCUCCUGGGGCCACAGCAGGUGUCAUCCAGUACCUGGUAGGGGCAAGUAGUGCAGUUCCUUUGAUUUUCAUUGGCACUUUCAACUCUGUAGGGAUCAGAAAAUCCGAAGUGGAUGAUGAUCACACAUGGCAGUGAAGUGGAUGUAUCUUUGUAGCAUCCCCUCAGGACUCUCCAGCCUGGGCCAGUCUGGGAACAGUCAGAAGAGUGGAGCUUUGGCCAGCCUCCCAGUGCUGGUCAUUGGCAGGGCAGAACAUGCAGAGGGAUGGAGAGCCUAGUGCCUCUGCAGGGACCGGGUAGGGUGGAAGGGGGCCAGGCACUCUGGUUGCCUGGCCCCACAGGCUUCGGGGACCUGCUUGUCACUGAAAAAUCACGUGUCCUGAAGAGGCCCCAAGACUCCCCUCACUCUCUCCAGAAUUUCAUGGCAUCUGGUGGCCUGGUGGGCAUCACUUGGUGCACAUCCAUCUGGCCAAGACCGCAAAUGGAUUUCUGCCAACAACAAGGCUCCCACUGCAUUCAGCGAGCUCAGUGAAAACUAGCAGCGAGGCCACAUCCACUGGACCCCUGGGCAAAACACUCGAGCUUCAGGUGAGCAGGUGGUUCCCUGCCUCCACUAUGGCUCAUGGGGAGUUUUCAUCCACCACCAGGCCCCCAAGUUGUGUGCUCAUCUGCAUGAUCAUGGACUCCAGGCUUUUUGGAAGGACCAGCUCCUGGGCCCUCUUCAGAACUGUUCUCCUGCCACUGACUCAGCCUAUUCUGCAUCCAGCCCCAUGAGUUGAUGACCCACUCAUGGACCUGCAGUGUCCCUUGUCACCUGGUUCAACCACACUGAAUCCACUCUUCUCCUGAAAUCCACUUGAGCUGCAUCCCACAUGCCUUGGGGGACCCCAUCUGACACCCUUAGGGGAAGAGGCAGUGAGUUGAUGCUCCAGGAUCCCCAGCCACUCAAGCCUUGGGAGCUGGGCAACCACUCCUGCUGACCCAUGCGGGACUGAACUUCCCUCAUGUGGUCACCAUAUCCAAGCCCCGGCAGCCAGGAGGAGGAGAGGCGCACCUCCAACAGCGAGAGCUCAGAAAGGUGAGCAAGAGAGGCACCCUCAUCCCUAAUGGGCACCUUGGGCACAGAGGCCACUUGGCAGGUGACCCCCUUCCCCAUGAGCUGUGGCUGAGCUGACACCAACACUGGAGCACAGAAGGUGAGCCGGGGGAUGCAGCCCCUCAGGGAGCCGAGGGGUGCCAGCUGCAGCCACAGCGCCCAGGCUCAUGAAGGAGGCCAAGGUCAGAGCUUAGAUUUCUGGAGUGGGUAAGGGGGGUAGGUGAGAGGAAAAUGAAGAUGAGGAUAAAUGGAGGUGGGAGGAUGGGGGCAGGAGGAGGUGGUGCAGGGGAGGAGGAAAGAUGAACAGUGAAGGAACAGGGCAAAAAGGAUGAGCAGGAAGAGGACCAGCAUAGAAAGGGGGAGCAGGAGGACAGGAGGCCAAGACCAACCCAAGCCAGUUCCUUGAGAGUCAUGUUGGGGUCCCUGUAGAUAUUUUACUUGAGUGGUCCCUUGGUUUGAUGCUCAGAUCUGGGGAACCUCAAGGUACUGAUUGAGGCCUGUGUGGGAAAUCACUGGCCUGAUUCAAGACUAACCACAAGAGCUUACUCUUCACAUCAGUACCCUCUUGACGCUACUAACAAGCAGUAGGAGAGGAGGAGUGAAGGAAGAUCAGGGUUCAGGGACUGCUGGUUGUGAGGGUCCAGGUGCCCAGUUCCACUGCAUCCCGGCCACCCUCCCCUGCGUGGAGAGACGACCCUCCCCCUAAGGAAAGUCAAAUUUCAGGCCAACGGUUCAGGGCUGCUCCUGGCCAAUGGGUGGGCUCCACUGUGGGUGGAAUGGCAGUGACCCCAGAGUUCUGUCUGUUGCCUGGCACCCACUCUGCUUCCUGUGCCCAGGCAGUUGGAGGCCCUUGUGGUUGCUGACCUGCUCUGAUGCUCGCUCACCUGCCCACCCUGCUCUGACCCACCUGAACCCCACACCUUCCUGGGUGACUUAUUAUCAUUUUGAGAGGAGAGGCCCAUAUCCAACAGUGAGAGUCAGAAAGGCAGUUGGAGGCCCUUGUGGUCUCUGACCUGCUCUGACACUCGCCUGCCUUCCCUGAUCUGACCCACCGACCUGAACCUGGGUCCAUUUAUACAGCAGAGACAAGCUCUAACAGCAAGAGGCCAGAAAGGCUACUGGACUCCCUCAGAGUUGCUGAUCUGCUCUGACACUCACUCGCCUGCCCACCCUGCUCUGACCCACCUGAUCCUCACACCCGCUUGGUUACCUUUUCACCAUUUUGAGAGGAGAGGCCCAAGUCCAACAGUGAGAGUCAGAAAGGCAGUUGGAGGCCCUCGUGGUCACUGACCUGCUCUGACGCCUGCUCAUCUGUCUGCCCAACAUUCUCUGGCCCACCUGAUCCCCCACCCGACUGGAUACCUUGUUACAAUUUUGAAAGGAGAGGCCCACAUCCAACAGUAAGUGAGAAAGGCAGUUGGAGGCCCUUGUGGUCACUGACCUGCUCUGACGCUCACUCACCUGCCUGCCCUGCUCUGACCCACCUGAUCCCCACACCCGCCUGGUUACCUCGUUACCAUCUUGAGGAGAGGCCCACAUCCAAAAGUGAAAAUCAGAAAGGCAGUUGGAGGCCCUGUGGUCUCCGACCUGCUCUGACGCUCGCCCAUUUCUCCACCUCUCCCACCCCAUCCCUGGGUGCAUUUCUACCAAAGAGGCACAGCUCCAGCAGCGAGAGGUCACAAAACAUCAAACAUGGUGAAGCUGGAGACUCUGCUGGCCCUGGAACGAGCAGAAAUAGUGGCCAAGUAUGAGCAGGGGCACCAGUCAGGGUCUCCAGCGGACCCGGACCCAUGGGAUGAUUCUGACCUCUCGUGCUACAAGGUCACCUACAGAUGGGAACAGCCUGGCCUCAGCACCCAGGGCCUCAGCAUCCAUGGCCUCAGCACCCACAAGGCGAGGAUGCGCCGGCGGGUCUACAAGGGGAUCCCCCCACAGGUGAGAGGACAGGCGUGGUCUCUGCUCUUGGAUCUGGAGAAGGUGAAGGUGGAGAACCAAGGGAAAUACCAGAGAAUGAAGGAGCAGGCCAGGCUCUACUCUCGGGACAUCAAAUAUAUUGACAUGGACGUGAGCCGCACCUUCCAAAACAAUAUUAUGUUCCAGGAGCGGUACGGCAUCAAGCAGCAAGCCCUCUUCAAUGUGCUCACAGCUUACUCUGUCUACAACACAGAGGUGGGCUACUGCCAUGGCAUGAACCAGAUUGUCGCCAUCCUGCUCAUGUUUCUUAAUGAGGAGGAUGCUUUCUGGGCACUGGCCCAACUGAUGGACAACAAAAGACAUGCCAUGCAUGGCUUCUUCAUUCUGGAGUUCCCGAAACUUCAGAGAUUGCAGGCCCAUCAUGAUAAGAUUCUGGAGAGGACUCUUCCCAAGCUGAAGAGGCACCUGGACAAGGAAUACAUGUACACAGAAAUUUAUACUAAGCUGUGGUUCCAACAUUGCUUUAUUGACCAGACACCUUUCUCACUCACACUAAGACUAUGGGAUGUAUACAUCCUGGAGGGGGAGCGAAUGCUCACAGCCAUGGCCUAUACAAUCAUCAAGCUGCACAGAAAACACCUCCUGAAGCUGCCCCUGCAAGGCCUGUAUGAGUUUCUUCAGGACAAGAUCUCCGGGCCCUGGGCCCUAGAGGAUGAUGCAGUGAUCAAAAAGCUACAGGCAUCAAUGGCUGAACUGCACAGGAAGAAUUGGGACCUACCUCCCCCAGCAAAACCUGAGGAGUUCCCCACAAGGACCCUGGGCCUGGAGCGGUCAUCCCUGGAACCCAAGCCUUGCCCAACCAUUAUAAGCAUUAAGGAACUCUCUGGAGAGGACGGGCCUGACCUCCCUGGCCCACCUGCUAAGCACCAGCAGCCCGGACUCUCACACGGCCAGGCCUGCCUAAAGGCUGAGGGACACCAGCAAGAGCGGGCCAUGGCACCACAACUCCGUUGGAGGGCCCGAGAGCCACCACGUCUGGCCUGCCCGUUUCCACCCCUGGACAUACCUCAGGACCGGAUGUGGCCGUGGAGAUGGGCUUCUCUUCCCAACAUCCCCAGGAACUAUGAGUGUCCCCUCAAGUGGCCAAUUGAUAUAGGAUUCGAGCCCGAGUGUUGGGACCUUUGCCCCUCAGCACGGGCCAAGGUCGCCCUCAGGGCCACAUUGCAGGCCUAGCCCUGCAGUCCCACAAAGGCCUCAGCCACAGGUCCUGCCCAGGCCCACUGAACACGCAGCCACGGGGCCCAGGACACCCCUCCUGACCCAUAGCAAGUGCAGCCAAUGCCCCUCCCAGGGCCGUGAUCAGCACGGCCAAGAUAGGAUACGUGAUUUCAAUUUCAUUACAAUUUGUAACGCUACUCCAUCGUUUUGCAAAUGACCCUCUGACAUUAUCUAUGACAUAAAGGGCAUUUGUGAUGAAGUUUUUGACAAAAAUCCAGUGACUUCUAGGAUUUGUCUUUCAAAUGACAUGCAUCUAGCCACUUGUAGCAUGAAAUUAUUGAAUCCCAAAUCCCAGUGUCCACCACAGGGUGGCAGAAUUCAUCUUCUGCCUCAGUCAUCAGGCUGCAAGUAUUCAUGGAGCAGACACUUCCAAAAACAUCUAAGCAUUCCUAUUAAGGAGCUCUAAUGGCACUGUACCAGUAAUUUCCCACUAUGAAUCUCCUAGAGCUAGUUUCAUUUCUUUUUUGUUACUAUGAUGCAAAAAUGGUAGUGGUGAAUUUGGUAGGGUUUGCAGCAUGUCUCUAAUGACCUUAGACCAUGUUAUUUCCAGAAACUGGCCUAAUUACUUCAAACCCUUUAGUUUGGCUAAACAGAAGAGUUCUAUUUGGCUAAUUCUAUUUACCACAGCUUGCCUAGUCUCCCAAGCUUCUCCCUUUGAGACAAAAACUAUUAUGAUGUUGUCAAUAUAAUGAAUUAACUUACUUUAGGUAUGGUAAUACAUAAGUCUUUUUUAAAAAGUAUGACAGUAUGCUAAAUCUAUAUCUUUGGGGGAAAAUAGUAAACCUAUACUGUAUUCUUUUGCAUAGAAAAGUAAACUAUGCCUGACGGUU